AGGUUGGUGGUGAAGACGUGGUGCUCAACAGCACAGCUCAGCUGAUGCACGGCGUGGAGCUCUCCAAGGACCAGACUGGAGUCACCGCUAAGUUCCCGUCCUCCAACAUGACUCUCUUUUUUGAUGGCAACAGCGCACAUGUGGCAGGACUUCCUGAAGCUGUAGAGGGUUUGUGUGGCAGCCCCUCCAACUCCAGUUGGACCACCACCCCGACUGCAGAGAAGUCCUCUUUCAGCCUCCCUGGCUGUGAGAUUCAAUGCCAGGACUCAGUCGACAGCACCAUCAACUGCAACCGCUCCACCGACCACUGUAAUCUCAUGAGGCAGCCUCCCUUCUCCGCCUGUCACGAGCACACCGACCCAGAGCCGUACAUCAGCGCCUGCUCACACACUCUGUGCAGAUACCCGUCAGUGGAUGGGGUCGGCUGCAACUUUUUGGAGGCUUACGCCAAGGCCUGCAGCCUGGAGGCCAACGUGACCCUGGAGGACUGGAGGUCAACUACUGGCUGCUGUAGGACCCUCUUUCACUUUUAUAUUGACAGUCGUUGUGGUUUAAUACACAACUGGAAGUCCCUGU